AAAAAUUAUUUGUUUAAAACUUUUGUGUGAAGAAAAAAAAAACGCACAUUAAAAAAUUAAAAUUUAUGGUUCAUAUUAUAAAGUAAAAACUUUUUGAAUCCAACGGCAAGUGGCAUGAUCGAAAGCCCCAAAUUCAAAAGAAAAAAGAAGCCUACAAUUCAACCAACAAAGGAAUCUAGAAAAUCACACCAUGGAUCAACAAGCAGCAGCAGCAGCAGCAGCAGUAGCAGCAGCACAAAACAACAAUGGGCUUUUCUCUUCAUAAUUAAGAUGGGAAACAUUUGCAGUUCGUCUCAAAAAAACAAUAAAGAUGCAGAGUCGGAAGGGUCAGAAAGCGAUGACUCUGGAAGUGAAUACAAAUCUCCAAGGAUAGACAAAGCCGAUGUAAAAGACUUAGCAGAGGAAAUGGAUAAAAUAAGUACGCCUGUUUUAAAUAAUGACUUGAAUCCAGAGAACGAUAUCAACGAAUUAACUCAUCAUCCAACCUGCGAUGAAAUUGACAAAAUUACCAAGCUGAAUGUUUGUUCCACAGAAAAAAUCAAUCAAAUUUUCAAAAAACCUCCCGAUCACUAUAGAAAAAUUGUACUUAAUAUUAUAACGAGCAAUGUGAGUGAGUGCAAAAGGCAGCUGAGCAUAAUCAAUAGAUUCUUACCUGAGUUAUCUACACAUUCUCAUGCAAAAGGUUUCGAAUUGAUAGUAUCUUUAACACAAAAUGAGAAUUUAAGUAAAUAUAAGACGGAUAACUUGCCCCACAUUAAUUGGAAUGAGAACUCUUUGGGUACUCAUGAGCAGCUACAAAAUUAUUUGUAUGAAAUCACUAGACAUAAGAACUCUUACAUAAUUCCCGUUCUAUUUUUUGGAUUAGCUUUUGAAAAACUUCAAUGUCCUUUGAAAAUAAAACAAAAGGACUUUAAAUUCUUACUUUCUAUAACAUCAAAGGAGCAAAGUGAACUUUUACAAAAGUAUUACAAGGCCGAGAGCCUUUGUGAGUCAUCAGCUUUCUACAGUUUAUGUUCAUAUUCAUCAUUACAUGACGAGGAGGCUAAGCAAAUUCUUGAAACAUUUAUUACUCUCAUGCCGAUAAAUUUAAAAACAACUUAUCUUGCAACGCCAGUAGAAAAGAUCAUAACAAAUGUUAUACUGAGUUCUAGAGAAUUGAUGAAGCAUUGUGUAUGGAUUCAAGAUAAUGGUUCAUCUGAAUUAAGUCAAGUAAGCCCAUCAAUUAAGUCAGAAGUAUCAACAAGGCAUCUUAACCUUAAUUGUCAGUUAAAGGAUGAAAUUAAUGCUAAAAAUAUUAUACCACCUUACUCAUCUUCUGAUGAAUGUAAAGCACAAUUCGAUUUGAUCGGAGACGUUUUAAAAUCAAAUAUUGACAAUGUUAUACACGAGCAUUUGGUUAAAUAUAAUUCAAGGAAUACGCUAGGUGUAUGUAAACCAAUUGCAGACGAUAUUGAGGCCGUGAAGAGAUAUUCAAUUGCAAUUAGAGAUAACUAUUGCAGUACAUAUGAUUUAGAUGGAAUUUUAAGGUACAUUCAAAGUGAUUGCUUAUUCCCUCUAGCAGUUUUUGCCACACCUGAAGAAGGAAUGGAUAUUUUUACAUCGCAGAUAGCAUUCAACCUUGAAAAUUUGAAUCAAGAUUAUCAUUUAGUAGUCAGAUAUGCGCAUUUGACUGUUGUAACUACCGAAAUUACAUCUCUGUUAGCAUCAAUUGCAGAUCAAAUAUCAAUUAUAGUUGCUGGGAAACCAUGUCAUUCACAACAUAGUCUUCACAAUUACAAGCUCACAAUUGAACGUUUACUUGAAAGUAGUAAUUUAAAUAUCGUUAUAAUAAUCGAUUCAGUUGAUAAACUGGUUGGAGGAACGAAUUUUAAGUGGCUUCCAAAAAUUUCAAAACCAAACGCAAAAAUAAUUUUAACCAUGACAAAAUAUGAGGUUCUAACAGAAAAUUUAUCUGCGAAAGAACUUAUCAAACAAGGUGUACCAAAGGAAAAUUUACUGCCAGUAACAACAAAAAAGAAUAAUGACAAACAUUCAAGAUCUUACCUGGAAGCUAAAUUACAUGAAAAAUUAAUUUCCUUCGGUGUAAAAACUGACAACAAUGGUACAGAAAAUUUGAUUGAGAGUCUUUUAAUUGCACUUGAGACUGAAAUCGAUGUUAAGUUUCUAGAAAUACUGCUUAUAAUUAUAGCAAUUUCACCUUUUGGUGUAUAUGAGACUGAUUGCAUAAGUAUUUUUGAAGAACAAACAGAAAUAGAAAGAUGGUGUUCAUUGAUUAUCUGGUCAAAAUUUUGUUGGUUAAUGGGGUCGAUGCUCAUCCACACGACUAACAUAAGAAUAAUGGACAGUAUAUUUGAAGAUGCUGUUUUGAAGAGGUACUCGAAAAAUAUUCCUAAAAUCCAAAAGGCUGCUAUGCGAUAUUACGAAAAUCAACCAGACAUAUAUUAUGAUUCAGAAAUUAAAUUGAAAAGAUUAAACACAGAGAAAUACUUGAAAGUAUCACAAUAUGAUCGUUCAAUACUAUCAGGAAGUAAGGUGACUGUGGUAUCAGAAAGAAAUGAAUAUAUAUUAGAGGAAUAUUUCGCAAGACAAUUCUUUACGGAUUUAUCAUGGAUAUCAAAUAAAAUUGCUUGUUGUGGAUGUUUCCAAUACUUAUACGAUAUAACCAAAGCUGAAGAAACAUUUAAAAAAUCUACAGUUGGCUAUCAACAUGUAGAAUUAUUGAAACAAUUUUUAACGCAACAUAUGACACAGUUGAAUUAUGAUGGAAGUCAGUUUUACACGUUUUUUAAAUGUUUUUUGAAGAACUCAAUUUUAACUAAGGAGUCAUUAAAUUCUAAUGAUUAUGUUAAAAAAUGGAUUAUUUCAAUCGACCAACUUAAAACAACACACCUUGAAAACGUUUCUUAUGAUAAUGAUAAACAAAACAGUAUUUUCGAUGGAACUAAAACCUACAAUGAAGUAGUAAUCCUUAAAGAACCAGGUUAUUUCGUAGCUGCUAUAAGCACGGAUUGUGAUGAGAUUUGUGUUUGGGAUGUCCACAGUUCUAAAAUAAUUCGCGUACUCAAAAGUGUUCCAAAACCUAGAUUGCUAUGCUCUAUACGAAAUUUUGAAGUAGCUGUGCUUUGUAAUAGAGAAAUUAAAGUUAUUGAUCUUGAUGAAGGAAAGUAUAAGGCAACCUUGAAAGGGGUCAUGAACCAAAAAAUGCCCUAUUUCGGCCUUCAUGAUGAAGAUCAUCUAGUAUGCCUAUCUCGGAACAGAAUGUAUGUGAAUCUUAUGAAUCUUAAAACAGGAGAUUGUGCCACUUCUUUUAAGGCAGGAGAGGAUAGGUUUCUCAACUCUUUAAUAGUGUCUGGUAAUGGCAGGGUCCGGCUCCGGUACAUAAAAGUACUAAUACUACUAAUUGAGAACAUCGUUUACCGGGGCGGAGAAUGUUCUGAACUCAAUCAUUUAAUUUAAAUAAAAAAAACUAUCGAACAAAAAUAUAAAUUUAAUUAUGCUGUAAUUACUAUUGUGAAUUAACAAUUAAAUGUCAAUUGUAUUACUUUGUCCUUCAAUUAUAAAAAGGUCAUUCUUUCGAGAACUUUUUUACACUACACAACUUAUAUUAAAAUUAUAACGUAUUAUAAAAAAAUUAAAUUGAGUUUUAUUUUAAAGGCAAAAUAUUGGAAUUGAUAAAGUUAACCGGCAAGAGAAAAAACACGAAUAAAGACAUAAAAUCACGACCCAAAAUUGGUGGGCCACUAGUAUUAGUAACUACUAACCUAAGUUUGCGUGACUUGUUCCGGAAUCCUAUCUAUGCAAUAAACUCUCCAAUUACUUCAAUGCAAUCACUAUUACUAAAACAUCUAGGCAUGGCUUUAAAGUUGAAUGAUCAAAGUAUUUGUAAAACAUUGUUUUAGAAAUCAGUGAACCAGCAGCGCCUGUGUCCAAAACGAAAUCGAGAAAGACACAAUUUACCUCCACCGUCAUUGAAAAUGGGGCAUGUUGAGUUUCAACAGACGCCUUUUCUCUUGACACACUGUAAAUAGAGUAAUUACAUGGUGUUACAAAAAUGAGGUAUUAAAAUAUACGCGGGCGGAGACCUAUCAGGUUUUGUAGAGCUAGUCGCACUGAAUACGAAACGGUAUUUGAAAAUCCCCUAACACCCCCAAAAUCUGGAGUUACGGGCAAAAAACGGUUUUUUGGACCUUCACCCAUUGAAAAAAUUCUAGCUUCGACAAUUUUUUACCCAUAUUCGAUUUUUUUACAGUUUCUGAUAGAAGAUAAAUAUACCUUUUUAACAAUGUAUAAAACAUGUAACUCGGUUAAACCACUUAGAAUUUAUAAGAUGUCAAAGUUCAAAAAUUCAAUUUUUUUUGUCAUUUGCCUAACUUCGGCAUCAAUUUAAAGUAUAUGUUUUCAAAACAACAUGCUAUUUAAAAAAUAUAUUCUAAAACUAUAUCUAUUUCCCUAUCGAUCGAGGUAUUUUUUAUGAAAAUCACUUCAAAAUUGGCUUAGAAAAAAAAAAUUUUUGGAUUUCAACCCAGAUACAGAAAUUCGAACUUUUAGGUAUAGAACAAAAAUGUUGUUUCGGCACGUAGUAAGAUAAGUUGGGCGCCAGGAUUUGAUUAAAGGUUUUUGUAGAGGAGCUCAAUACAAACAUUUUUUUUCUUUGGGAGGGGGGUCUAUCUCCCCCCGUUUAGGUGGGAGGGGCAUUUUUCUAAAAAAAAUUAUCAAAAUAAAAAAAAAUUAUUAAAAAACAACGGCAACACUUACAGUAAUAAAUGAUACCAUUUCCAAAAGGCAAAAUUGUGCAUUUGGUUCUAAUUUCUAAAUCAAUAUAAUAUUACCAAUAGUUUUUGAAAUAAUCGAUUUCAAAGUUAAAAAUAGGCGAAAAAAAAUUUGUAAAAACUCAUUUUAUACUAUUUUUGUCCAGACUGUGAAUUUUAGUAAAUAAAUUACUUAGACAGAAAACUGCCUCAAUUAAUUCCUUAUCGAACAGUGAAAACUAUAUGUUUCUAUGUCUUCUAGUUUUUGAGAAAAUUGAAAAAUAAAAACAAAUAAAAACAAAAAAUAUUUUGAAAAAAGAAAAAUCUGAUAAAAUAAUUUUUCAAUUUUGAGUGUUACACCGUGUUAUUAUCAUCUAAAUCUAAACCAGAAUAGUUAUGAUUAGUAAAAUUAGAUACAUCCCCAGAUACAACAUUAAUUUGCUUACUGGAACAGACACUUGCUAAAUGUCCCAUACGGUUACAUUUAUGACACUUGCUAUUCUUGUACUUGCACUUAUCGCUCUCAUGGUUUUUCCAACCGCAGUGUGUACAUUUCUUCCUAGCCUUUACGCAAUUAUUACUUGCUGCAUCGGGUUUUGACCAUUCAUUCGUAGUUUUGCCCGAGUAAAAAUAAAAAUUGAAUUUUUAAAGAAAAAAAUCAUGAGCGCCGCAGCACCGCUGCACCACCGCCGUUUGCAGGAAUUUUCGCCGCACUCACCGCCGCACCACGACUGCAGCACGUCCGCACUAUUUCAUUUUGAAUGAAAAAUUCGGUGCACGACCGCCGCCGCACCACGACUGCAGCACGUCCGCACUAUUUCAUUUUGUAUGAAAAAUUCGCCGCACCAUGAUACAUAAUUUUGGAAUUUUUAAAAAUAAAAAAAAAAACUACCGACGAGAAGGAGAUUCGAACCCGAGCACUUUCAAUUAGAAGUCCAACGCUUUAACCACUCGACUACCAAGUCAUGUUUGCAUGAACUGGCAAUUUGUUACUUAAGGCAAAAUAACAUUGAAGACGACUAAAACAUUUGUAUAAGUACGAGAAUAGAAUUUUUUGCGGCGGAAUUCCAUUUUUACUCGGGUGUGCCUUUGUUGUUUCUUAUUAAGAUAGUUAUAAUCUCAUUUUAUUGGUGCACAUUAACCAGCGCCAAAACUUUAGCUUCAACAGUCAAUGCCUUUUUUAAAGCUGAAGCGAGUGUAAUUUUCUCAUCUUCUUCACACAGACGUUCAAAAAUUUUACCAUCGAAUCCGGCAAUGAAUUUAUUUAAGAUGAAAUCGUCUAACUGUGAUCCAAAUUUGCAAUCGAUUGCUAAUAAUUUUUUUAAGCGAGCAUAUCAAUUGGAAACUGCUUCACCAUCCGCUUUCCUUGCAUCGAAAAAUCUUUUUCGCUCUCGGAAAAUAAUGAUUGGAGAAGAAUAAUGUUGAUCCAAUAGCUCACAAAGAUCAUCAUAUUUCUUUGCCACCGGUAAAACCAGAUCGCAUAAUUCUAUCAACAAUCCAUAUGCUUCUAAACCAACAGUUCUAAGCAAUACAGAAGUUUUAAUGCGAUCUUCUUCACAUGAAGAUUCCACAAAAUGUGAAUCCAAAACUUCUCGCCAAUUCCGCCAGUUAUCAAACCCAGGCCUAUAUUCUCUUAUUCCAGAAGCCAUAGAAAUAGUGGUGCUUGUAUUUUGAUCUUGAGGAUCAUUUUGGCUCAUUGCUUUUGGAGGCAUUAUAUAUUAUAUAUUAAGAAAAUAAAAAUUUUUUAUUUUUGUAUUUUCUCCUCGUCGCCAAUACGAUGUUUUUAAGUUGGAAGUAUAAAAUGAACUGAUUUAUUUAUUUAAAUUUUAAAAUAUUAACAUUUGACAAUAUCAAUUAUAUAUAAAAAGUUAACCAAGUUAAUAUUAAUAAAAAAACAAGUAAUAAGUAUAUCACACUUAAAAAGAAAUCCACUCUAACAAAUUUGUUACAGUUUGCUACAUUUUGUAUUGACGCGUUUGAAAAAAAAACAACAAGUUUACUGCAUUUUCACUGACUUAAGCAAAGCACUUGACAAACUUAGCCACCAUGUACUGUUAGGGAAACUUAAAAAAAUAGGUCUUAGCGACAGAUUUGUGUUAUGGAUAUCUUCAUAUCUCAAAGAUAGGUUAUAUAGUGUUGUUUUUAAAAGUGAACGUUCUAAAUGUUUUACAGUUAACUCCGGUAUUCCUCAGGGUAGCCAUCUUGGUCCGUUAUUAUUCAUACUAAAUAUUAAUGAUCUUCUGUCUGUCCUAGUUAAUUCUAUGUCUCUUAUAUGUGCCGAUAAUGUAAAUUUUUUUCGUACUAUUAACUCUGUUGAAGACUGUGAUAUUUUAAAGAAAGACCUUCAAAGUUUCUGGGAAUGGUGCAAUAUUAGUGGUUUAGUUUUAAAUAUUGACAAGUGUAAAACAAUGUGUUUUACACGCAAGAAAAAUGUGAUUGUCUAUAAUUACUCUAUUAAUUUGUCAUCAUUGUGUAAUGUGUCUAGUUUUACUGACCUUGGGAUAGUGUUGGACUCAAAAUUAACUUUUAUUGACCAUUUUGACUACAUUAUUAAAAAAGCUAACAUGACUCUUGGUUUAUCAAAAGAUUUGCUCUAGAAUUUUGUGAUCCUUAUGUUUUGAAAACUCUUUAUGUCUCAUUUGUAAGAUCCAUUUUAGAAUAUGGUUGCGUAAUAUGGGUGCCAUAUUAUGCGGUUCGUAUAAAUAGAUUGGAGUCCGUUCAAAGAAGAUUUAUGAGAUUUUGCUUAAGAUUUCUACCAUGGUCAAAUCGAAUUAACUUGCCACCUUACGCUCAACGUAUUAAACUAAUAAAUCUUCCAUCUCUAACUAGUCACAGAGCGUAUCUACAAUUUUGUUUUAUUGUCGGGAUAAUCAAUGGAUCGAUUUCAGCUCUAUCGAUCCUCUAUCGAUUGGAUUUCAUUGCUAGUCAGUAUAGUUUGAGAAGGCAGUUGCUUAUUUCUAACAUUUACAGUAGAUCAAACUACGGUGCUAAUAGUCCUUUGAAUCUUUUAAUUAAUAUUUACAACAAAAAUUCAAAUAUAAAUAACUGCAGCUAUGACAAUGUUAAAUCACUAAACAUUAGAAAAAUAUUCUUCAUUCAUAAUAAUCCAUAAUGUACCUUCGUUAGAUGUAAAUAUUUUUCUUUUAUUUUUCUUUUGUAAUAAUGUGAUGCAUAAUAUAUAAUUAUAAUAAUAAUAAUAAUAAACUAAACGCUAUAGCUUUCUGGCAAAUUGCUGGUGAAUUACCUUGUAUAAAUAAUAAAUAAUGUUUAAGCAAAACAUAAUUCAUGUUUUUGAAAUUAUUUACACAAAUUCACUGUACCAUGAAGCAUCCUGAAUAUUUAAAUGCCGGUAGCGACCUCUAAAUAUUAUUCAAUUGUUAUAAAUUUUUCAAAAAUUUUUUUUUCAUAACAAAGAACAAAAUGACGGGUUGGGGCGGUCAAAAUUAACAAAUUUUUUUUACCCAAUAUAAGGCGCACCCUAAUAGAAGCUAUUUAGCCUUCAUGUCGCCCUAGGCCCCUGUGCCACCCUUUUAAAUUAACGAAAUUCUAUGGAUUCAAUCUCAUAAUUAAGAUAUUAUUUUUACUUUACGCUUACGACGCUUUUCAUAAACUAAAUUUGUAUUGAUUAAUUGUUAAAUAUCUUCUUUGAGGCUUUUGUUUGUUCCAAGACGGGCUUCUUUUAAGACGGGUAUCUUCAUAACGAUAAUAAUUUUGGACUCCAGACAGUGCUUUGACUUUUUCCUCAUAUUUGGAGAAUUGUUUAUCCUCUAUAUCCACCUGUGGAUAGAAUUUUGACAAAGUAAAUUAAUUUCUUUUUCUCAUUAUCUUGGUGUGUGGACCAGAGAUACAAAGGAGUAUGUUCGAACCUGUUCGAACAAUUUCAAUUUUUUAAAAUGAUUGUUCGUGCUCGAUCGUUUUCUCUCUAUACUCGUAAAUCAUCUUACUCAUAAACAAAAAUAAUCACAAACAAAACCACACAAAUUGUUUGAACUCAUGAGUAUACUCGAUCCUCAAUACCCACGAACAAAAUUACUCGUAAACAGAUUGACUGUUCAUAAACACUAGGCUUUACUCGAAAUGAUCGAAAGUGAUUGAAGUGUUCGAACGUGAUCGAAAAAUCAUGAACAGUUUGAACAAUGAAAACAACCACUUCUAAUUUCUACGUCCUAUAGGUACCUGUUGCAUAUUUUUUUUUAUGUAGGUUUUGAGGGUUGGUUGUUUGCGGUACAACUUCAAUUAAAGCAGGUUAUUUUAAUUUUACAAUUGUGGUUUUAGAAAAGGAUUUUCAAUGACUGAGUAAAUAAAAAAGUAAUUAGUAUUUAGGUAACAAUACAAAUGGGGUAGUGGGGAAUGCCCAGUUAAUUUAUGCAGGUAGGUGCGUAGUAGAAACAUAUCCCUAAAAAAUAUGUAAUAAUGCUAUUUGGGAUGAUUGUUUUUAGAACAAAUUACUAUUUUUUCGGGUAGGUUUAUUGGGGAAGUAACAAAUCAGCAUGAAAGGGUUAAAGGGAAAGUUAUGAAUGAAAUAUUUUUGUUCAAAAGCUGAUUUCUUGCGAGAACAAUAUUUAAAUAGUAAUCUUCUGAGUUCAUUUAAAAAAGAAAUAGUUUUAUAAAAAAACAAUGGAAGAACAAAGUAUUAGCUUAAAUCUUAAUAAUAACACGGUGUUACAAAAAUGAGGUUUUAAAAUAUACGCGGGCGGAGACCUAUCAGGUUUUGUAGAGCUAGUCGCACUGAAUACGAAACGGUAUUUGAAAAUCCCCUAACACCCCCAAAAUCUGGAGUUACGGGCAAAAAACGGUUUUUUGGACCUUCACCCAUUGAAAAAAUUCUAGCUUCGACAAUUUUUUACCCAUUUUCGAUUUUUUUACAGUUUCUGAUAGAAGAUAAAUAUACCUUUUUAACAAUGUAUAAAACAUGUAACUCGGUUAAACCACUUAGAAUUUAUAAGAUGUCAAAGUUCAAAAAUUCAAUUUUUUUUGUCAUUUGCCCAACUUCGGCAUCAAUUUAAAGUAUAUGUUUUCAAAACAACAUGCUAUUUAAAAAAUAUAUUCUAAAACUAUAUCUAUUUCCCAAUUGAUCGAUGUAUUUUUUAUGAAAAUCACUUCAAAAUUGGCUUAGAAAAAAAAAUUUUUCGAUUUCAACCCAGAUAAAGAAAUUCGAACUUUUAGGUAUAGAACAAUAAUGUUGUUUCGGCACGUAGUAGGAUAAGUUGGACGCCAGGAUUUGAUUAAGGGUUUUUGUAGAGGAGCUCAAUACAAACAUUUUUUUUCUUUAAGAAGGGAUCUAUCUCCCCCCGUUUAGGUGGGAGGGGCAUUUUUCUAAAAAAAAAUUAUCAAAAUAAAAAAAAAUUAUUAAAAAACAACGGCAACACUUACAGUAAUAAAUGGUACCAUUUCCAAAAGGCAAAAUUGUGCAUUUGAUUCUAAUUUUUAAAUCAAUAUAAUAUUACAAAUAGUUUUUGAAAUAAUCGAUUUCAAAGUUAAAAAUAGGGGAAAAAAAUUUUUGAAAACUCAUUUUAUACUAUUUUUGUCCAGACUGUGAAUUUUAGUAAAUAAAUUACUUAGACAGAAAACUGCCUCAAUUAAUUCCUUAUCGAACAGUGAAAACUUUAUGUUUCUAUGUCUUCUAGUUUUUGGGAAAAUUGGAAAAAAAAUUGUCGAAGCUAGAAUUAUUUCAAUGGGUGAAGAUCAAAAAAACCGUUUUUUGCCCGUAACUCCAGAUUUUGGGGGUGUUAGGGGAUUUUCAAAUACCGUUUCGUAUUCAGUGCGACUAGCUCUACAAAACCUGAUAGGUCUCCGCCCGCGUAUAUUUUGAGUGUUACACCGUGUAAUAUAUUUUCUAUUUGCGACAAAAGAAACUGCCGAAGUAAGGUAUGGGGGACUUUUGGCGAAAUAGAAAAUCAAAAUGGUGAUACUAUACCAAACUUUGUGGCAUGCAGAUCGUGCAAAAAAGUGAUGAAAAAUUUUUAAAAAUCGACAAACCUUUUGAGGCACAGAUGUUUUAAAGAAACCUUGCCAAAUAUAAUAAAAGAAGUGAUUGUGUCGAUGGCCGAUAAGAAAGCAGUUUUUGAUGUGUCCGUGAAGCUGUGUAUUGAAGAUAUUAGACCGUUUUCUACUGCAGAAAGGUCUGGAAUGCAGGCAUUUGUUACAGAGUGUAUAAAAAUCGGUGCUAAAUACGGAGAACAUGUUAAAGACGCUUUUUUAGAGUUACAAUCUUCAAAAACUUGUUCGGCUCAUCUAGUGUUUCCUCAUUAUAAUAAUUUAUUAAAAACUUGUUGAGUGAAUAUUUUGGAAAAUUCAGAAAAUUCAAGUGAUUUAAAAUACAAAGUAAAACAUUAUUUAGUGAAUUUGUUUUAUCCCGAAAUUAAAAUUUCAUUCAAAAGUGGGACAUUUUUAUAUCCCCCGUGCAAUAAAAUGCAAUUAUUGUACCCAACUGAAAAGACUGAAAUAUAUGAUUACAUAAAGGCAAUAGUUACUGCUACUGCUGCGGCAUCUGAAGAUAUUUUGGACGAACAACCAACAACUAGUUCCAGGGCCAGUUAUAUUUUCUCGGAUUUUAUGAAUGAAAAUACAACAACGAGCGGGAACUCUAUUGAUAUUGAAAUAGAAAGAUACAUUCAGUUUAAUUCGAAAGGCCCUGUGGAUAUUCUUCAAUGGUGGUGUGAAAAUAAAGGCCAAUUCAAAAACCUUUAUGAAGCACAUAAAAUCUUGAAUUGUAUUCCCGCAACAUCAGCAGCAUCAGAACGAGCAUUUUCACAGGCUGGAAAUAUAAUUACAGAAAAACGAUUGAGGUUGAACCCAGAAACUGUAAAUAAUUUGAUGGUUGCGAAUUCAAACUUAAAGAUAAAUCCUAAAUCCUCCUAAACAGGAAAGCUCGAACAUAUUUGAGUUGUGUUGAUUCUGUUUGUUCGAGAUCGUUUUUUUCGAGUAAGUACUCGAUGUUCGUAAACAAUACUCGACUCGUUUGGUUCUCUGGUGUGGACAUAAAUCUUUGUUCGAUGUUGAUAUUUAAAAUUUUUACUGCGAUAGCUUUACCAAUACAACACUAUUAAAAUUGUCAGUGUUAGGUUAGGUUAGGUUGAACGGGGUGAUAAUCCGACAAGUCGAGUUAUCCCACUCGGAUCUCGAUGGAUCCAUUGUGAUCCCCAGGGUUAGGGUGGGCAGGAGUGAGGAUGGGUAAGGGAAGGGUUUAUUGGGAAUUAGGUGUUGGAGUUAGUGUUAGGGGCCUCCCUGAACCAUCCUGAAAUUUGGAUAAAUUUCAUUAUGUUUUUCAGUGGCAAGGAUGAGACGUCAUCUAACUCAUCGAAGAAGUAAUCUCCGAGAGUUGUUUUCCUGCUUUUUGCUAAACUGGGGCAUUCACAAAGGAAGUUGUAUGAGCCCUCCUCCGCCUCUUCGUCUUGACACCCUCUACAUAAGUCUGAUGAGACAAUACCCAUUCUGCUCAUUUGGGUUCCCAUUGAGUUGUGACCUGUAAGGAUACCAAUCAAUAGGGACAGCUGAGGCCUGCUUAGCUUAAGUAUGUUUUCAGUUUUUCUGUGGUCGGCCACAGAUUUCUAGAAACACGACAGGUUUCAAGAGCUGACCAUCUGUCGUUUGCAGAGUUCAAGAAGCUUUGCUUUAUUCUGCUUUUUUCGUGCUCCAUUGGCAUAAGCACCCAUGGAACGGUUUGGCACGGAUCAAGUGUUGAUCCUGUUUUGGCCAAUUCAUCUGCCCUUUCAUUCCCUUGUAUAUCACGAUGGCCUUGGACCCAUCAAAGGGUAACUAUGUUCGUUAUGUUUAGGGACCUUAGUGUAUUACGACAAUGGUCAACUAGUUUAGACUUCGUGACAAUAGAGGAAAUGGCUUUAAUUGCUGCCUGGCUGUCUAUAAAGAUAUCAAUAUUUUUGUUCUUUAAAUUGAGUGCGGAGAGUAUGUUAGCUGCUUCGCAAACUGCAAAAACUUCCGCUUGAAAAACACUACAGAAGUCAGGGAGUUUCAGUGAUUUGUUUAUGGGAGGGUUAUCUGAAAAGCAGGCACCUAUGCCUAGGUCUGUUUUAGACCCGUCAGUGAAAACCGAGAUAUGAUCUGCAAUAAUGACCCUGUUUGACUCCCAGAGUUCCCUUGUGGGGAAGUCUGUCAGCGCUACUGGGUUGAAAUCAUUGAAUGGAAGAGUAUAGUCAGUUUGAAUGUUACUUGCAACAUAGUUCAUUAUUAUUUUAUGACCCAAGUGGCCCCCUUUCCAGUUCUUGCCCUCCUUCAAACGAAGGGCACUUAUGGCCGCCGAUUCUUUUGUAAAAAGGUCGAUCGGGGCAAGUGAAAGGACUGUUUCUAGGGCUGAUGUGGGUGUAGUUCUCAUGGCACUAGUGGUACCUAUACACGCGAGUCUCUGAAUUUUGGUCAUAGUUUUAAGGUUGACUGUUUUAUCUAGGGCUGGCCACCAGACCAGGCAUGCAUGCAUAAAUUGUCAGUGUACCUUGAGCCAGUUGUGUGCAACAAACAUAAACAAAAAUUCAUUAAUAUGCCAAAAAGAUCAACGAACAAUAAUUGUGGCCUCAGGUUUAGAAGACUUAAGGCCCUUCUAUAAUAGACGGACGGGAACGAAAGCUAAUGUCAAAACCAAACGAACCGUUUCCAUUGGAUUGUCAAAUGCAAUCCAUUUACCCAGAACGGAAGCAUUAUUAUGUCAUGUUGUUUUUGGUUUCGAGAAUUCAUGUUUUACUACGUUUCCAUCUACGCUAAAUACGAGAUUUAGCUAAGUAGAUUUAGCAUAAAUCUCGAGUUUCAUUCUAAAUCUCGGAUUGAAAGUAGGUGAAGAUCUUAGAUUUAGGGUAGCUGAACCCAAAUCUGAGUGUUCAUAUUUCAUUUUAAAUUCCAUUUUUUGUAAAGUGCAACCAUAAUCUUUUUUUGUCAUUAAUUUAUGCAAGCGUGUGAACAGCUAAAAUUUUUGUGUUUCACGGAUCUCAUUUUCCGAUUUUGUAUAUUUUCAUUUUUACCUGUUCCCACGCUUGAAUAUUAUUGCAUAGUUGCACUUUUAAUUUAAUAAUUAAUUUUCAUUUGCACUUUUUUCAACCUAUCAUGUAUUUCUUGUUUUUAAAUAAAAUUCAGUUUUCUGUAAACCCUUGGAAGUUAAACAUCGUGAUUUUUUUUUCUGUAAACUCUUGGAAGUUAAACAUCGUGAUUUUUUUAUUCUGUUUGAGAAGUUAAACAUCGUGAUUUUUUUUAUUCUGUUUGAGAAUUAAACAUCGUGAUUUUUUUAUUCUGUUUGAGAAUUAAACAUUGGGGACCGUGACAGGACACUACUAAAGAAAAGUUUUUAGUGGCCUGUAUAGUGAUUUAAAAAAUAGUGAUUUAUAAAAUAGUUAUUGCAAGUAAAAAGUGGUUAAAGAAAAAUACUAAAAAUGGCUUCCAAGAAUAAUGAUCUAAGUAUUGAAAGCAUUGCGGCUGCACAACAACAGAUAGGUGAUUCUAUUUGUACAGUUGUGCGCAAUUACAAUAAAGAUGGUCCCACUAGGAAAACUCUCGACUAUCUCAUCAAGAAAAGGGAUCAGUUAGAGGAUUUGUGGGAGGAGUUUGACAAAAAUGAUACGAUUUUCCGAGACAAAUUCUCGGAACAUAUGGAUCACGAGUAUUUUCAAAAGGACUAUUUCCAACUGGUACGUCAGGCAGCGGAUCUCAUGAGGAGUGAUGUAAGUCGUCGUCUUUUAGCUAUUGAAGAAAUAGAAGAUGGCGCAAGGAAGAUGCCUGACCAAGAAAAAUAUCCCAAGGAGAAACUAGAUGAAACUCAGACCGUGGAUUUGAAUAGUCCAACAGGAAAAGGAGCGAUUCCAAAACCAAGUAUCCGCAAUUCAAUUUCAAAACCGAAUUUCCAAACAAAUUCAAAUUAAGAACCCCAAUAUACAAUUAACCAGAUGAAUAACAAGACAAGAUUUAAUUUAAUAUUAAAUACAUUGAAAAGAUCUUUAGACAAGGUCGAUGAGCAGUCCUUGUUGAAUAAAGGUUCAUGAUCAGCCUAUCCCACCAGCACAAAAAUUAUAUUUCCUAAGGGCAAAUGUUACAGGAAAAGCCAAGGAAUUAAUCCAAAAUUUCAAACCCACUGAUAGCAACUACGAGGUAGCAUGGGGUGUCCUUGUUGAACGCUUCAAUAAUAAAAGAUUACUAUUGACUGCACAAUUAAACAAGCUAUUGAUGCAGUCAGCUACAACAGCAACAAGUUCAAGUUUAAGAAAACUACAUGAUAACACGAAGGAGUGCUUGCAAGUUAUCUCCAACCUUAAUGUCAACAUCGAAAGUUGGGAUCCGAUCGUCGUUCAUUGUCUGCUGCAAAACCUGGACAAAGAGAGCAGAGAAAAAUUCGAGUUUACGAUCAAGGAUCCGAGAAGCAGUCCAUCCAUUGAAGAGUUUCUAAAGUUCGUUGAGGCCAGAUUUCAGGCUCUAGAGGCCAUUAACCCAAAAGAUGGAGGAAGGAUGAAGUAUCAAAGCCUGGAGUUCACCAGCUGCGAUACUGGGAAAAAGUCAACCAUUGUCAUUGCACCCAAGAGCGAUCAAGAACUAAUUUGUCAUUUCUGCAAUUCAAGUAAGCAUGGUAUAUACAAUUGCAAUACAUUUUUGUCUCUUUCAGGUAUAGAACGAGGAAAAGCUGUCCAUAAACUGAUGUUGUGCUGAAAUUGGCUCAAGAAAGGCCAUUAUUCCCAAUCAUGUAUAGCUCGAAAAUGCCAAAAAUGCAACAUGCUCCACAACACAUUACUUCAUCAAUAUAAAAUACAAAAAUCUCAAGAAAUAAGCAAGGGUCAGUAGGGUGAUAAAGUAUAUUCAAGCAACACUCCACACCAAGUAAACCAGGCAGUAAACCAGGCAGGAAACCAGGCAGUAAAUAACGCAGCAGCAGAAACUCGUGUCCAGAAACGCCACGUAUACUUAGCAACAGCAGUGGUCAAUGUGAUAUCUUCGUAUGGUGUACGUAUCCCAUGCAGAGCUCUUCUUGAUUCCGGAUCUCAGUUGAACUUUGUGACGACAUCGUUAAUUCAACAGUUAGGUACCAAAAAGUAUCGUAAGGAUACCGCUAUCAGCGGAAUAGGCGCACCACAAGAGUGCAGGUCCGAGUUUGUGGCAUCAAUAACAUUUGAGUCCAGAACCUCUGACUAUAAAGCGACCAUUGAAGCGAACCUCAUGGCCCGCAUAAGUGACUACCAGGCUUGGCAAGAAGUUGAUGUGUCAUUGUGGAAAAUUCCCAAUCACAUCCAACUUGCAGAUCCUUCAUUCUGCAAGGCUAACCAAGUUGACAUGCUCUUAGGAGCUGAACUUUUUUUCGACCUAUUUAUAACUGGAGAAGUCAAGAUUUCAACAGAUCUUCCAACUUUGCGGAAUACAAAGUUAGGUUGGGUCGUUGCAGGAGGCGUUUCAGCCUCAAAUUCUAAUUCAAACUUUAAUUGCCAUAUUGUAACGAAGCCAUCGUUAACAUCAUUGGACAAACUCGUUCGUUCAUUCUGGGAUACAGAAAGCCAUGACACUCCUACUGAUGCUGAAACCGAGGAAGAACAUCAGUGCGAAGAACAUUUCAAGAAGAACACGACAAUGAAUUCCGAAGGUAAAUUUGUUGUGACAUUACCAUUUAAACAGGAUCCUAUAAUAUCUUUAGGGGACUCCAUGUCAUCAGCAAGAAAAAGGUUUUUUCAUUAUAAAACAAGCUGAACAAGGAUGAAGAACUCAAAACAUCCUACAUUAGCUUCGUGCAAGAAUAUGAAGCAUUAGGUCACAUGACACCAUUGAAAAAUGGUAUUAUUCCAAGGGGGCACUACGUCAUACCUCAUCACUGCGUCAUGAAACCCGAAAGCUCAACAACAAAACUUCGAGUAGUUUUUGAUGCAUCUGCUAAAACCACUUCUGGUCUCUCACUCAAUGAUAUACUUAUGGUCGGGCCAACAGUUCAACCAGAUCUUUUCUCAAUUGUUCUAAAAUUCAGAAUGCACCGAUAUGUAUUUACUGCGGACAUAACAAAGAUGCAUUGACUUAAUAUAUAUGGACUGCUAGAAGCAUAUUCAGGUUGGUUCCACUUCUUUCUUCGCGAUACUAGCGCCCUAAAAAAAAGCGGAGAAUAAGUGCAACAUUUUUGACGAAGUGCGAAAGGAACAAAUAUAGAAAAACAGAGAAAGCACUACCUUUUAACGACAGAUGUCAUUCACUAAAAGUUUCCUCUUUUCGCCGUCUAAGGUUAUAACGCUAGUAGAGCUAGAAAGAUGUGGAAUCAUUUUUUUUUUUUCAAUUUUUGUAUGGAAAAGUCAAACGACUAGCACUGCCGUACUAAGCAAAAAGGGCGCAUGAGCCAAAAAUACAAAAUUGAGUUAAAGGCAUAUUUGACAUCCUGAAACAAUGCCUCAUUUAUAUGUAAACUAAAAACAGCGCAUUUCCAAUUCCAAGUGGCUCAAGUUAGUCAAUGAAGAUGAGCUCAAAAAUAUUACUCCGCUGUAUUUCUAAAUAGAAAAAUGCAUUUAUUACUAACUCUAAAAUUAAAAAAAAAAUUUAGAUACGCAUUUGGGAAGCUUCAACAAUAUAUAAUUAUUGUGCAAACUAAAAAUUAUAAUUUUCAUACUACAAGUUGCUUAAAAUCAUUUUUGAAAUUGAGCCCACUUACAAUUCUCAACCUUUUCCCUUGUCAGUAAAAUGCAUUUAUCUCAAAACUACAAAAAUGGAUAUGCGCCCUUUUUGCUUAGCACGGCAGAGCAGUCCAUAUAUAGUAGGUCAAUGCAAAGAUGUAUCGUCAGGUCUUAUUACGAGAGGAAGAUCAAGCUUUCCAACUUAUUUAUUGGAGACCAAGAACCGAUAUGCCACUGCAGCUUUAUAAAUUAAAUACCGUCACCUAUGGCACAGCCUCUGCUUCCUGUUUAGCAACCAGAUGUCUUGUGAAACUAGCUGAUGACAAACAAGAGACAUUUUAUAGCGCUUCACAAGCCGUUAAAAACAAUGUUUACGUGGAUGAUUGUUUGGCAGGGGCAGACAACAUUGAUGACGCUCCUGAGUUACUUAAUGAGAUUAUUUGUCUACUCAAAUCAGGUAACUUUCAAUUAAAAAAGUUUUGUGCCAAUAAUCCCAUGAUUUUAAAAGAUAUACCUGAAGACGAUAAAGAGAAAUUGGUAACAUUCCAUCAACCUGAGAUAAUUAAAACUUUAGGAUUAAUAUGGGUUCCUUCACUAGAUGUUUUCAAAUUCAGCUUUAAUGACGAAAAGGUAAAUAAAAUAAACACACGGAUAACAAAACGAACAGUGUUGGCAGAUCUUGCAAGACUUUUCGACCCUCUUGGUUUACUCGGACCAAUAAUCGUUAUUGGUAAGCUAUUCUUACAAGAGUUGUGGAAAUUAAAUAUGACUUGGGAUAAUAAGCUUGAAACUGAAAAGGCUCAAAAGUGGAUAAACUAUAUUGCCCAGUUUUCACACUUGAACAUGUUAAAUGUUCCACGAUAUGUCCUUAUUCCCUCCGCCAAAACAAUCGAGCUUCAUGCCUUUUUGGAUAGCAGUUUAUUUGCAUUCGGAUCAUGUGUGUACUUAAGAUCAGUUGAUGAAAACAACAAAAGCUUUUGCCAGCUUAUGUGCUCAAAAUCAAGAGUAGUGCCACUGAAGACUAUCAGCAUAGCCCGCCUCCCAACUAACAAUUUUACUUCCACAAGGGUCUAACGAAGCUGUUUCGAUUUUAGAAAUAUUGCUUGUAUACGACCAUAGAGAAGCCCUUUUGGCCCACCCGAGAAGCUUGAUAGGCUUUAGAAGAGUCAUAUGCAAGUUGAUUAGAGAGACUCAAAACAUGUGUUUAAUGCCUUAUAGAAACAAGCAACAUUCAAGAUUUAAAAAUCUACAGGCUUUUAAUUUUAUUAAGAAGCUCGGAGCAGACUUGUGGAAGGAUUGUGAAAGUCUAAACGAGGUAUAUCCCAAAUAGAAUAAAGAAAAAAAAAUAUUUUUUUUUCAUUUUUUUUUUGUGUACCUAUUUUACAUUUUAUUUUUUCAUUUUCUUCUUUGUUUUCCAAUCCAGACAAGUUUUGCUUCUGAAAUUAAAUUUCCAAACACAAUUAUAUUAAGAAAAAAACUUCUACUUACUUGACGCAUUUUGCUGGAUUUGAACCUCGUACAUCCUGAUUGAAAGUCCGGUACCUUAACCAUCGAGCUACUCAGGUAUAUAAUAAAAGAGUUUCAAAUUUGGACUAGUUGAAACCAGAACUUUCUAAGGGCUUCGACUUAAUUCCUGAUGAGUUGCACUAUCUUAAAGAAUAUGGUGACCAUUUGUGUUUUUUUUUUUUUUCAAAGUUAUUAUUUUUGGUUAGGUAUUUUCUGAUUUUUUUUUAUCUUGUAAAAAAUUAUUUAAUAAAGACUUAAUAAUAUUAUAUUCUUAUUGUCAAAUCUUAUCAUUAUUGAGAAGAUGAAAGAGAAUAACUUUUUACUCAAGAACAAUUUUUCUGGAGCAGAAAAAAAUAUCUGAAAAAUUCGGUUUUUUUAGACUUUAGAGGUUUCACCCGGAUGCCGUCAACUUGCAUUUUUCCGAAGCAGAAAAAAAUUUUUAAUUUUUUUUGGCUUUUGGCUUUUUCUUAAAAAUAAGAGAAUUAACUUUGUUUUGAACUUAGAUAAAAAAUCUAAAAUGUCCAUCACUAUUUUAUUUUUAAAUAAGUGGAGAAGAUUAAAAUCUUGUUUUCCUUUCUUCUCUACUUACUUGAAUAUGAACUCCAAAUUGGUCAGUAAACCAUUUUUAAUAUCACUAUUUUAAACCAAUUACCGAUAUGAAAAGAUUCACUUUUUUAUUUAUUUCUUUAUAACAAUGAAUAAAAAAACCAAAAAUGGUCACCAUAAUAGCACUUAUCCAAAUAUUUCUUAUUCUCAUGAGUUUGCCUGACAGUUUAAAAAAUUUAGCUUGUACUCACUUUCACAGGGCUUCUAGAAAUAAAAUUAGUUCGCUUAGGCAAACUUAUAAAAUUAAAUGCUUUUUACAAUGUUUUGCUUGUACUUAAAGGAUCUCUACAAAUAUAAAUAAAUGUCCCCUAACUUCGCUAAGGCAAACAUAUAAAACUAAAAGCUUUUCGCGCAUGCGCCUGAAAUUGAACUUCUUUUUUUCUCAUACAGAGAUACAAAAUAAACAUUUAUGUUAUUAUUUGAAAGUAAUAUAAAACAUACUUUGUAAUAUUUUCAAUCAAAAACAAUGAUUCAACAAUUUUUUAAUUCAAAUAUUAAAAUGCAGUAACUAUAACACAUCUAUUUUGUGGAAUAUUUGUUUAAAAAGGCAAAACCGUUUAAUGCGGUUUAUUUGAAAUUCGACGUAAUGUUUUUUUUUUAUUUAAUGAAUAUCACGACUCAUAUACUGUUGACAUAAUUUCGGUAAUAUAGAAUUAUAAUAAUAAAUGCAUUUAAGGCAAUUGUAUAAGUUGUAGGUACUUCUACCAUACUUAAAUACAUACCUAAGUCAUUUUUGAGCCUAAUAAUUUUCGAAUUGGAUAAAAAAAAAAAAAAGCAUUCAUAAAGAUUUUGUAA